AUGAGCGAAAGCAUUUGGUGGUGGCCUCCAAUUAAGUCUGCGAAGAAAGAAUUUCUCGAAAACGAUUACGAAUGUGGAUGCAUGGGAUGCACUCCAAAAUUUGGAAUCGGGUUUUUCCUCUUGACAGACUUUUUCCUGAUUGUCGCUCUGCUUAUCAUCAUUUUGUUCGAUACAACCAAUAGUGAUCCUAUGAUUCUAUGGCUAGUCACUUUUUUUCCAUCAUGGAUCGUUGGAUGUCUCGCCCGAAAAACUCUCCGACCGUUUUACGCGCAAAUCUACGGAGUAUUCAUGGGCUUUCAUGUCAUCGGCUUUGCACUAAUGAUUCAGUCAGUGAUAAUAAAUGGUCUCGUUGUGGUACUCAGAAACACAUUAGCCGAUGAAAAUAGUUAUUUAAACAUGAGUCUAGUUGCUGAAAAAAUGCUACGGAUCGCAAUUUUGCUCAUUGUUUUUUUCAUUUUUUCUUUCGUCGUUCAAUUGCCUCUCGUUUGGCGAUCGAACGUCACGCACCAAUUUUAUAAAUAUGUCAGAGACCGUCAAUUGGAUCUCGAUCGCUCGAUGAGUGCCAAAAAGGGAAAUGUCGAGAAUCGCUAUAUU